CAACUAAUCGUUUCUACUACAGCUGGUUCAGUUAGUGGUAAGAUAGUAAAUACUAAUGGUACUGAUCAGUUUGCCUAUCUCGGCAUUCCUUACGCUCAGCCUCCCGUAGGUCAGCUACGAUUUAAGCCGCCAGUACCCAAAGAGCAAUGGUCUAGUGUUCUAAAUGCUACUGAAUAUCAAAAAGAUUGUUCUCAACCGAAUCUCGUAGGCCCUUUAAGUCAAAAUUCGCAUAAAAUACAAGUCAGUGAAGAUUGCCUUUACCUUAAUAUUUUUACGCCUAACCCUAGCAAAGCCGGGAAUAUGUCAGUACUCGUAUGGAUACAUGGUGGUGGAUUCCUUUAUGGAACUGGCGCAUGGUGGCAAGGACAAAUCUUAUCUGCUAACGAAAAUAUCGUUGUUGUUACAAUAAAUUAUCGACUUGGAAUCUUUGGUUUCAUGACGUCAGGUGAAAAGGAUGCCAAUCAAAGGACUAUUCCAGCAAAUCUAGCUUUACAAGAUCAAAAUUUGGCCUUGAAAUGGGUUAGAGAGAAUAUCGAAAAUUUCGGAGGUAAUAAAGAUCAAAUUACAAUAGCAGGUAACUCAGCUGGAGCGGUUGCUGUUUCCAAUCACCUGGUUAUGCCAUCUAGCAAAGGAUUAUUUAGCCGCGCUAUCAUACAAAGUGGUAUUUUUGGAGAUUUCCCAUCUUAUCAGAAAGCUAAAUUGACGACCGAGUUCACACUAUCUGAUGCUAAAAAUUUCUUUGUACAGUAUAGCACGGUAGCUAGAUGUUACAAAAACAUCACAACAGAGACUGUAAAUUGUCUAAGAACCCUACCAGCCCAGCAAUUGGUACAACUUCAAUUGAGAUUCCUUGGAACUAAUCCAUAUUCACCCAUUGUUGAUGGCGAUAUACUACCAGAAUCAUCUUACAAAGCUAUAAUUUCAGGAAAGUUUAAUAAAGCCGACAUCAUGAUAGGCACGAUGUUGAAUGAUGGCUAUUUUUUCUUAUUACUUAUGCCAAAUAUAUCUCAAGGACUUUCACAAAAUCAGUUUAAAAAUUAUGUCAAUGGUAAUUUUCCAGCAGCAAAUCAACGUGUAAAACUUUCUAUCCAAUAUCAGUAUACUAACUGGGCCAAUGUUAGCUCACCAAGCAUUAAUAGGGAUCAGUAUGGCGAUAUGCUCAAUGAUUAUCGCUUUAGUGUACCUAACGAAAAUUAUGCAGAUGCGCUUUCUCGAUAUGUACCAACCUAUACCUACAUAUUUGCUCAUCGCACUGCAGGAACCGCGAUGCCUUCAUUUGCUAAAGCAGUGCAUACUAUAGAGAUCCCAUAUGUUUUUGGCUAUCCAUUAGAUCCACCUGCAAAUUUUCCAGACAAAUUUGAUGAUACCGAUCGACAAGUAUGCCGACAGGUUAUGGCAUACUGGGGUAACUUUAUUCGUCAAGGAAAUCCGUCAGAUUUAAGCUCUUCACCAGCUUGGCCAAGAUAUAGAGAAACCAGCAAAGACUACAUGUGGAUUGCACCUAAAUUGGCAAUUGCAAAGAAUUACUAUAGUAAGCCAUUCGCCUUUUGGAAUCAAUAUCUUCCCCAACUUGCUACACUCACAAAUACAAAUACACCU